GUGUUGUAUUGUUUCAGACGGUACAUCAUUAUCUCUCCUCAGACUGUAAGGCCAGGGAUGUUAUACAAUGUGCUCACAAUGUUUAUGCAUGACGAGCUGCAAAGGGCGGUGGUGUACGCCAGCAUCGUCAGAGACGACCAGGUGUUGGCUGAGGGCUCUCUUGACAUCAGCACCAACACACUCUCUGCUUUGCCUCUCAAGUUAGCAAUGUCCAUUCUACCAGGAAGUUACACUUUAAAUGUGGAAGGAAGGAACAACGGAAUGGUCUUGUUCCAAAAUUCCUCUGCGCUCUCUUUCGAUUCCAGGUUCUUGGCUGUAGUUGUCCAAACAAGCAGGCCUAUAUACAGGGCAGGCCAAGAAGUGCGAUUCAGAGUUGUAGCGCUUCACACAAAUCUACGCCCGUUCAAUGAUGGCUUAGAGGUGUAUGUACUUGACCCAGACGGUGUUAUCAUGAGGAGAUGGAUCUCAGCUUACACAAAUAACGGUGUCUCAAGUUUGAGAUUCAAGCUUCCGAAAUUGGCAAAAGAUGGAUAUUGGAAAAUACGAAUAAAAGCUUGGAACCAAAUUGAGGAACAGGUCAUCAAAGUGGAGACUUACUUUGACCCUCUGUUUGAGGUGCAUGUGAUACUGCCACCUUAUAUUGCUGAGACAGAAGACGUCAUCAGUGGAUCAGUUUAUGGGCUCUACACCUCCCAGAGAUAUGUGGAUGGCAACGGGACAUUGAUGAUUUCAGCCAGGCGAUUAGCCAACAAUGAGACAUUUGUAAUGUUGCGAGAAGAAACCAUUUUCUUUAAAGGCGCACCUCAUACAGUUGAGAUCCCAAUGUCACUCAUCCACUCUAGGAUGGGUUCAGCGCGGGAUGUGGAGUUGAGGCUGGAAGUUGAGAUAACCGAGUUGCUCAGCAGAGAGACCGUGAAGGGUUACAGCCACUCUCGCAUCAUCCCAGGACAACUUCAGCUCAGGUUCCUCAGUGCUUCACCGGCAACCUUCAAACCUGGCCUUCCUUUCUACGGAUAUGUAGCCGUCAUGUAUGAAGACAAAGAAAAAGUUCCCGCAGAAGAAUUGGCGAAGGCAAGGAUGCGAGUUCAAGUGGAGCUGCACCUGGAGACCGGUCAGACGAUGAGGUUGCCCGAUCUGGUGGCAGGGAAAGAUCACAGGAACUCUUGGGACGAAGAAAACUUUAUAAGCGAUCAAACAAAAGAAAGGUUCGUCGAUGAAGUCUCUCACGAUACGUAUCUACAAGACGGGGUUCUCGGGUUCCGAUUUGACUCUUCCAAUAUAACGGACAGCAUCAUAAUAAAAGCUUCAUAUACCAGUGAGGACGGAACUUCAAUAGAAGCCAAGCUUGAGGCGGUCAGACAUUUUUCUCCCACGAAGAAGUUCAUAAGUGUGUUUUCCUCUUCUACAAGCGUACAAGUCGAUGAAUACGCUAUUUUCCAUGUUAAAUCGAAUUUGAGACUGGACAGUUUUCAGUACCUUGUAAUUUCCAAAAAUGAGAUCAUCAGCUGUGGUGAACACAAGGUGAUAAACUCCUCCGCGACUACCUCGACUAUGACGCUGGGUGUGAGUGGAGAGAUGGCUCCGGGGUUCACACUCCUGGUGUUGCACGUCACAGGUCUUGGUGAAGUUCUCACCGACAGCUGUUUCCUUUCUGUGGACGGGUUCAGCAAGUAUAAUACAGAACUUGAGAUAAACACAGGGAAGGACCACAAGGCAGAGCGGGUGGAAGUACGAGCUAGUGGAGGGGUCGGAGCUUUCAUCGGCGUUCACGCAGUUCGAGGCUCGAUCUACCGCCUUCAGGCCGGCAACGAGAUAUCACUCGGCCGGAUAGUGGAGAAGUUCAUGCAGUUUGAAAAAACGACAAGAAAAUUUAAUAAAGUGCACUGGAAAUCACGGGAUGGUGAAAGCGGAGACCAACAUCGGUAUUUCAUGUCCAUGGACAGCGGAUCUGAUGCAAACCAUACAUUCACCUCAGCAGGUCUAGUCGUCAUGUCGUCUGCAGACAUACUGCAAGACUCGGGUUCAGGUUUUUGUGAUACGGAGGAUGAACUUCCUUGUGAUCUGAGUAGCUGUUACUUUGUGAACCAAACGUGUGACGGAGUGCAAGAUUGCGUUUCAGGGAUUGACGAAUUGAUGUGUCCCAACCUUGAAAAAGAAGAAUUUGAAUAUAAAAUCUCUAGGAGUAGUAGAACUGAAUUCCUGUACGAUAUGAAGGAGGCUGACUGGGGUUGGAGGGAGAUUAAAGUGAACGAUCAUGAAGGUGUGGAGUUCGAACCCCUCACUGCUCCAGCAACUGCAGACGACUGGUACUUCACCGCCUUCAGUAUCAACACAGACCUGGGCUUCAGCAUGAUACCAGAGCCGUUCAUUUUCUCGAGCAAACGCAACCUCAUGAUGCACGUAACGGGGCCCAGCUCGUGUUAUACAGGAGAGCAGAUCGCACUACAGGUGGACCUGAUCAGCCACCAUGAUGUGGAAACGCUUGUCCUGCUCACACUUAGCGGUUCACCCGACUACAAGUUCGUGCAUGUCGAGGAGGGUGGCCGAGUAUCCAGCUACUCCGCUCGGCUCUCUUCUGGAGACCAUCAGUUGUUGGUGUAUCUAGAGCCGAAGUCCCAGGAGCACAUAGACUUCCCUAUCACGCCAACUGUGGAGCAGGGUACCAUAGAGGUGACGGUGACAGCCACCGCCCAGACCGGUCUGUGUGUCAGCUCUCACUCGGUUGUGGUUCAGGGAGGAGGCGCUCUGAUAAACAAACACACGUCAGUCUUCCUGGAUUUGAAGAACAGAGCAUUAGUAAUGUCUUAUCUGGACAUCAUCGUGGAGGAGACUCCCAUCAUACCUUAUAGCAUGAACAGGCGUUAUGUGUUCGGGAGUACCUCGGCUAAAGUUGAAGUAUUCGGGGACAUAAUAGGCCAGGCAUUCUCAUCUGUGCCAGCCACUAUAGAGUCAACGCUUCACAAAUCUGCAAAAGGAACUCUUGCAAGAGUAUUUGAGUUCGGUACUAACGUAUGGACACUUCACUAUCUGCGACUGACCAACAAGCUCCAGAGACCUUUCCUGAAAGAAGUGCUACUGGAGUGCAACGUCAUGUACGCUCAUAUCAUGAAGAGGUUCCACACAAACGGAUCUUUCACCAACUGGGACUCUUCUGGAUUUAGUGUUUGGUUGACAGCGUGGACCCUGAGACUGCUCAAAGCUGCCUCCUAUCCUGACUGGGAGUUCCUUCUCUACAUAGACCCGAGUGUCACCGAGAGAGGGGUGGCUUGGCUGCUGCAGUACCAGGCUGCCAACGGGAGUUUCUACGAGGAUUCUACAGAUUUAGACUCUAAAAUUAAUUCCAACAUGAGACAUGUGACACUGACGGCACAUGUGCUGAUAACACUGUGCGAAUGUAUGUCACUGCUGUCAGGAGAGGUGAAGAUAAGAGCUACAGUUGCGAGUCAGCGAGCCGCACUGUACCUGGAGCGAGCUCUGUCCUCGCUGUCAGAUCCUUAUCACUUGUCUGUCACCGUGUACGGACUCAGUGUGAGCCUGGGCCGCGGUGAUGUAGAGUACGGCUACCAUGCUCUGCUGCGCAGCCAGCGCCAGAACAGAGAUGGUUUUAUUUAUUGGUCUCCAAGGGAGAUACCUGCAAACCCUGUCAAGAAAGAGAACCAACGACCGUUUGUGCAGCCGCGACUGUACCAUGAGGAGGACUCUGUCGCCGUGGAGACCACAGCAUGGGUGCUACUGACAGCCCUCCACCGCGACGGUGUCACUGACAUGGCGGAGCGGAUAGUUCAGUGGCUCAAUUCAGUCAGAAUGACCAGUGGUGGAUUUAUCUCACCUGUGGAUACGCUGGUGGCACUUCAAGCACUGACAGAGUAUGCUUUCAGAGCAAGGCUCCAUGAAAUAACCAAAAUGGAUGUUGGAGUAGAAUUUCCAAUGUCCGGCAAUAAAAGACAUAAAGUCCAUAUUGACAAUUCUUCAGUGCUGUUCCAAACGGAGUUUGAGAUACCCAAAGUGUGGGGCAAUGUGAUCGUGGUGGCGCAGGGCACAGGACAGGCAGUGGUGCAGAUGGAUGUGAACUACGGCAUUGACCACCCAGCGCUUGUCGAGGUCUCUACCAUUCCUUGCUUCGACCUCAACGUCACAGAGUACUACUCCACAUACAGGAACAAGUCAGCUCUCACCAUACAAAGCUGCUUCAGGUGGGUACGAGACAGUCCGUUGUGGAGCAGUGCUGCCACACUAGAGGUAGACACGCCCACUGGCUACCGACUGGUGGAGUCGGAGGCAGAGAAUAUUGCACGUCGCGGCACACAUCCCACACUGCGAGACGCUCUCGUCACACACCACAAGACCGUUUGGUUCUUCGAGCAGAUUGGAAAAGAUUGGACUUGCUUCAACUUCACUUUGAGGCGGUGGUUUCCAGUGGCAAAUAUGUCUUUACAUAGACAGGCUUUAUUGUACGAAGCUACUGCCAGAGAAAGGUUUGUCCAAGUGCUAGUCAACUCUACUCCUCUCCAUGUCCUCAACAUCUGCGAGGUGUGCGGCUCCUACCAAUGUCCCUACUGCCCUCACUACAACACAGCUGCUCUCUACUCCAUAUCCCCACUUGUGAUACUUUGUCUCCUAGUCUUCUUCGUGUGUAACUGUACAUACAACUGAAAAUUACACAGAUUUUUAUGUA